UGUGGUGGUAGCUGAUUAAUUAAUUAAUUAAUAAAUAAUUUAAUAAAAAUGUGCAGUGGAAUGGUUUGUGGUGUUACGACGCUGGUGUUGGGGGCAGCUCUAGUGAUCGCCAGCAGCAUUGUUGGGUUUUUGGUCAUACCCGGCAUCGUAGAAAAUGGUAUUAUUAACGAGGUGAUACUGCUGAACGACACAGAACAGCUCGAGAGGUUCAAGCAACUGCCCAUGCCUCUAAGCUUCAGCAUCAGGCUGUUCAACAUCAGCAACGCCGAGGAGGUUCUCGAAGGAGCUGUGCCGGAGUUGACAGAAGUGGGGCCGUAUACUUAUAAGAUGUAUCAUGGCAGAGAGGUGGAAGGCAUGGAGGAGGAUGUGCUGCGCUACAGAUUGCUGAGCCGAUUCGAAUUCGAUCCUGAAGCCUCGUUCCCGUACUCCGACGACGAUUUGGUGCACGUCACCAACAUUGCAUACCACGGUGUCCUUCAAGCGGCGAGCGAGCUGGUGCCCGGGCUAAUGCCGCUUCUCAACCUGGCUAUGGACGGGAUCUUCGGCGACCGGAACGCUCCGAUCGCGGCGAUCAGAGUAGGGGAUCUCCUCUUCGAUGGCAUCAAGCUGUGCGAGGGUCCUGGCAUCGUUGGAGGCCUCGCGUGCGGCAUCAUCAGGGAUCUUAGCGAGAGCGUACAAAACAUGGCUGUACAAGAAGACAACUCUAUAGAUUUCUCCGUGAUGGGCUAUCGAAACAAUAAGCCCGGCAGUCUGAUGGAAGUGGCCAGAGGCAUUGAAGACCACUUCAACCUAGGGCGGAUUACGGCUCUCAACGGCCUGCCGGAGCUGCUUUACUGGGCGGGCGCCGACGACAACAUGACGGGCAGCCCCACGGUAUGCAACAUGAUCAACGGGACCGACUCCGGCAUAUUUCACCCUUUCAUCGACACCGAGGAGCCGCUCUACGCACUAAACACAGACAUAUGCAG